AUGCUGGAAAUGGCUAGAACAUCCAAGAAGAAUAGAAAGAAAAGCAAUGUAGCUGAUGCAUACGAAUGUCCGAGUAAUAUUCUUCCUCGCGAUAUAUGGGUGAGGACUGCCACGAAGGUUGCAUCGAACUCGAUUAAGGAUCUGUUCAACAUGCAGGCGACUUGCAAGUUAUUUCUGGAUGCAGCGAGGUCCGACGCUGUUUAUAAGCACACGUCGAUGUUGGAGUUACCGAUUGCAUCCUUUUUAUAUUACUAUGACCAUCCCAAAAAGAGUUUCCUAGAUUGUUUCACAGAAGCAGGAAAUCCAGUUGUCUUGCUUUGGGUGGGGAUGAUUGAUUUCGUCUAG